CAGCUAGCUGUCUGCUUAGCUGUUCAUCCAACGUCAUUCCCUGGUCCGCAUCCUCAGCCGUUCCAUGGAGACGCGGCGUUUUAGACACUCGUUUCUCUUCUCCACAUCACGACUUGGCACUGGCGGCGAUCGGGUCGAGAAGAUGAGAACCGUCGCCUUCUGGCUUGGAUGUGGUCAUUCGAGGAUUCCGCUGUUUAAUCAUAUCUGAUUGCUUUUCUCGUUCAGCUCUCUUCUUCUCAUUUCCACCGCGUCUGGGGCGAUCGGAGAAAAGGAAAAUCGCAGACACUCCCAAAUCUGCCUUGCUCACACUACUGACUACGGAGGGGGCCAAUCGAACCAUCACUUGAUCCUCUUUAAAUAAUCCAACACCUCCUUCACCAACCAGGGGCUGAGUGCAAUUGCACAUUUCUUGUACUUCUACUCACUCAUUCACACAAGCGAUCGUCAUGGCGCCAAAAAUGUGGGAAGUAGACCCUGAGACGAGGGCUAAGCUUCUCCAAUUCUCCAAAACAAAUGGAAAUGACCGAUGCUGCGACUGUGGCGCACCAUCACCCCAAUGGGCCUCCCCCAAAUUCGGUACCUUCAUCUGUCUGAACUGCGCCGGAACUCAUCGCGGACUGGGCGUGCACAUCUCCUUCGUCCGCUCCAUCACUAUGGACGCCUUCAAGAACGCCGAAAUCCAACGCAUGGAACUCGGAGGCAACGAGCCCUGGAGGUCCUUCUUCGACAACCAUGCCGUAACCCAAUCCGAGGGCCGCACAUUCGAGGAUUCCACAAUCAAGGAACGGUACGACGGCGAGGUCGGCGAGGAGUGGAAGGAGAGACUGGCCGCCAAAGCCGAGGGAAGGGAAUACGUGCCCGGUCAGCAACAACCUAAGAAGAAAAUGGCAUCUGUUGAACCAAAACCUGCUUCACGAUCGGGUACCCCGUUGGGACGUGCUUCACCUGCUCCGAUGGAAGGUUUCGGAUCCGGGGCUGCUACUAAGAAGGAGCAGAACGAGGCGUAUUUCGCCAAAUUGGGCUCAGAGAACUCGUCGCGAUCGGACGCUCUUCCUCCGUCUCAGGGUGGAAAGUUUACUGGAUUUGGAGGUGGUCUGCCGCCCUCUGCGAAUACGGGGUCAUCCAGGCCCCAGUCUGGUUUCAAUGUUCCGGGCUUCGAUGAUUUCCAGAAAGACCCUAUGGCGACUUUGACCAAGGGAUUUGGAUGGUUCGCCUCUACAGUGGGUAAGAGUGCAAAGACCGUCAAUGAUUCGUAUAUCCAGCCCACAGCAAAGACACUAUCGGAGUCCGACUUCGCAGCUCAAGCCCGUAUGCAAGCCGCCAAUCUCGGUCAAAACCUCCAAACUGGUGCUCGCGGUGCUGCAGACCACUUCAACCGUUUCGUCGAAGGGCCCGAUGAAGCUGCCGCCGCCGCAGCCCGAAGACGCCAACAGCAACAAGAGCCCGAACGGAAAGACUUCUGGGAUGACUUCUCCUCGCUCAGUGAGCAAGAGACACACCGCAGAAAUACAUCCAGAUCGAGUGCCAUCGGUACAGCGGCUAUGAGGUCGAACCCAGCCUCUGCGACUCCAACUCCAUCUACUACUGCUACUUCCGCCGGAGCCUCGUCAACGGCUGCGAAGAAGCAGGAUGAUAGUGGGUGGAAUGACGAUUGGUAGUUGCAUUUAUUUCUUUCAUUUUCGCUUUUUCUCAUUGAUUAUGAUAUGAUUACUCUGAAUCAUAAGCAUGUGGUUUCGUUUUCGCUUUUUGCGUCACGCCGGUUUACAUUCGUAUGCAUAGUUUUUUAUGUCCUUUUUUUUUUUUUUUUCACUUUGAUCCAAGGAUUUGAUUGUUGCAUUC